AUGAAAGAUACAUUCUAAACAAUUUUAAGUAUAAAUCAAGUUUAAGAUGUCAAAUUUUAGAAUUUUAUUAUGGCUAAUACUUAAAUCUCUUAAUUAUUACAAUCUAAAUAGGUGAGAUCGAUAGUGGAGUUUGGUGGAUGUGAUAAAAUUCAAAUUUAAAACAUUUUUAUUACAAAGGUUAAUGUUUAAAACUUUUAGCUUUUUAUGUUCUUAAAAGUUAACGAUAUUAAAGUUUAAAAUAUUUUUUUGGGUAUUUUUGAUUAGCCAAACGAUUAAAUGAAUUAUAGUUACCAAGAAAAAGAAUAAACAGAGAAUAUAUGGGAAGGUAUAUUGUUAGAUUUUUAAUUUAUAAAUACAGUUUUGUUAGAAAAUUUGAAUGUAAAUAAAACACAAAUCAAAGGAGAUCAAAAUCUAUUAUACUUUUAAAAUGCUAUUUUUGAUGAAUCGUUUUAAGGUCAUGCUAGAAUAGAAAACAUUAAUAUAAAUCUAAAUGGUGAUUAUAACUAUUUACAUGGAGGUAUUUUAUCUUCAGAAGAUUUACAAAGCAUCACUCUUAAUCAAAUAAAUAUUCUAAUAGAAUCAAAUCAGAAUGAUAUUAAUUUAAAUUAAAAAGCUCUUUUCUCUAUCGUUGAAGAUAGUGAAGCUGAAUUAAUGAUAAACUAAUUUUAUAUUGAAGUCUUAAAUAUAGAAAGACAUCCCGAUUUUUUAAUUAAUAGUAAUUAUGGUGCUGUUUUUUCGGUCUACGGUAGCGAAUCUAAAGCUUAUUUUAAUAAAGUUAUAGCUAAAAAUAUAAGAAAUCUAAGCUCAGGUGGUUUUGGUAAUCUUAACUUAUCUUUUCUAGAGAUUUAAAAUAGCUAUUUUGAAAAUUUAUCAUCUAAAAUAAAUGGUGGAGCACUCGAUCUUGUAAUUGUACAAAAAUUAGCAAUAAAAGAAUCUUAAUUUAUCAAAUGCCAUUCUGAUUUAUUUGGAGGAGCUAUAAAUGUCUAAAUUUAUGAUAAAAUUUAAAUUGAUUACAAUUUUUAUCAAGUAGAAAUUAAUGGAUGCUCUUCUCUAAUUGGAGGAGGUAUUAUUGGACCUGACUUGAUGCAAAAUAUAAAUGGUAUUUCAUAUUUCAAUAAUAGUGCUAGUAUUUUUGGAAGUGAUUACUGCAACGCAGUAAAUUCUUAUUAAGUUAUCAAAAUAUUGCAAUAUAACUAAGAAUUUUAAGAUGAAAAUAUUAGAGAUACUAAUAUUCCUUAUUAAAUAUAAUAAGAUCUUUCCAAUCCAAAAAAACAAGCUAUUAUAGAAUAAGCUUAACCUAUGCAAACCUACUAUUUUGGAUUAUAGCUUUACAUAGAUGGUGUGCCAAUAUAAAUACCUUCAAACUUCACAGAAAUUGAAAAACUAUCUUUAACUAGUUUUUUUAAUGGGUAGGGCUAUAAUUACUUAGAUUUAUUAAAUUUUAGAAGCAAAGAUAAAAUGUUUUAUUUUAUGCUUAAGACUCCUUUCUUUUAGUAAUAGUUCACACCUAUUAUUAAGGAAUUUAAAUAAUUUUUGGAGAUUAUAUUCUUACAAAGCAAUUAAUGCUUGGAAGGCUAAAUAUUUAAAGAUGAUUUAUGUAUUUUCUGCAGUUAAAACACUGUAACAAAGAGAGGUAUUAGUAGUAGUAUGAUUUAAAAUGAAUGCUUAUAAUGUUAGGAUACUUAAAAAAUCAAAGAUUGUUAUGCCUAUAAAUCAUUUUUGAAUCCAGGGUAUAUUAGAUAUAAGGACUAUACAGUUGAUACUGAUCUCAUACAAAAGUGCUCUUAUUCUCCUUAAAACUGCUAAGGCGGUGAAUUUUUUGGAAACCAAAGCUGUGCACCAUCUUAUAUAGGCCCAGAAUGUCUUGAAUGUGAAUUUAACUACACAAGAAACAACUCAUUUAACUGUUACUAGUGUGGCAACGAUUAAUUUAACAAGGCAUUUUUUGCUUUAUAAUUCAUAAUCAGUUUGAUCUUUUAAUGGUUUGUUUACUUGAUUAUUGAACACAUUAAUGAGUAGAAAAUAUAGUAAUCAGAAAAUAAUUAUAUAGAUUUAGAUUAAAUAUCAUAGAAAACAGAAUUGUUGAAGAAGUAUCUUUUGCUAUGA